AUGUGUCUUCUCCACGGUGGCCCGGCCCUCCUCCUCCCCGCCCCCCCAUGCAAGGAGUCCCCCCCAACUCCCCCCGCCGGGCUGUGCUGUGUUCAGGGGUUCAUCCCCUCAGAGGCCGUGGCAGCCCGCAUGCUGGGGUACAGCUUGGGUCAGAAAGGACCUCAGAAGGCUGGAAAAAGUGGGUCGGAGACGGGUUUGCAUUGUUCCCGCGCGCUGUCAGCCACAGUCGCCAACUGGCAGCAGGCGACAUGUAGCAGAUGUCCGGGAGGACAAAGGCAGGCACAGUCCCCACCAGCCGCCCCUAAUUGA